UGCACCUCUAAUCAAAUUAAAUAAACAAACGAAAUAAGUCGCCUGCAUGUUUAUCUCCUUAAUUUAAUGCUGUUAAUAAAUAAAUUAGAAACAGCUGCAUAUGCAACAAGUGUAUGUUUUAAUUGAAUAAGUUAACGAGGCUAUUUAAGUGCAGCUGGAGUUUUUUAGUUCUCAGGCUUGAUUAAAUCUUACAAAAAACCGCGAGGAAGUUCCUGCAUAAAAAAGCCGCAAAAUGAAGCUCAGCGUUGAUGGGCUGCUUGUCUAUUUCCCCUAUGAAUACAUCUAUCCGGAGCAAUAUGCUUAUAUGCUGGAGCUCAAACGCAGUCUGGACGCCAAAGGACAUUGUUUGCUGGAAAUGCCCUCGGGCACAGGAAAAACAGCAACGUUGCUCUCCCUUAUUGUUGCAUACAUGGUAGAGUAUCCGGAUCGAAUACGCAAACUCAUCUACUGUUCACGUACAGUGCCAGAAAUUGAGAAAGUUAUUGCCGAAUUGCAAAAUUUAAUGGUGUAUUAUGAACGUCAUUCGUCCGUUCAACCGGAGAUGACGGGUUUGGUGCUUAGCUCGCGGAAGAAUAUGUGCAUACAUCCGGAGGUGAGCAAGGAGCGCGAGGGCAAGGCUGUGGAUGGCAAAUGCUAUGGGUUGACCGCCAGUUACAUACGAGAGCGUCAUGAAAUGGAUGCAGAGAUUCCUAUUUGUCAGUACUACGAGGGCUUCACACUGGAGGGCAAGGAAUCGACGCUCCCCGUUGGCAUAUACAGUAUCGAUGAUCUGAAGGAAUACGGGCGCUCUAGGAAUUGGUGUCCAUAUUUCACGGCACGCUACGCUAUCGCCCAUGCACACAUUGUUGUCUACAGCUAUCAUUAUCUGCUGGAUCCGAAGAUAGCACAGGUCGUGUCCAAAGAGAUGAGCCGUGAAUCCUGCGUGGUAUUCGAUGAAGCUCACAAUAUUGAUAAUGUCUGCAUUGAUUCCAUGAGCGUCAAGAUCAACAGACGCACAGUGGAGCGCAGCACCAAUGCGCUCAAUCAGCUAACAAAAUUGGUGCAAGACAUGCGUGAUGAGGACACCAAUCGUCUGAAUGAGGAGUACCAGCGCAUGGUACAGGGACUGAAGGAUGCCAGCGUGCAGCGCGACACGGACAUGAUUCUGGCCAAUCCUGUGCUUCCCACCGAUGUGCUAACCGAAGUGGUGCCCGGCAACAUACGAAAUGCGGAUCAUUUUCUCAGUUUUUUGCGACGCUUCAUCGAGUACAUCAAAACGCGUUUACGUGUCCAUCAUGUGGUGCAAGAGUCACCAGCCGGUUUCCUCAAGGAUGUCUCCUCCAAAAUAUGCAUAGAGCGGAAGCCGUUGCGCUUCUGUGCCGAACGCUUGUCAAGUCUGCUGCGCACACUUGAAAUCACCGACAUGACAGAGUAUGGUGCUCUCACGCUGAUCACACACUUUGCCACAUUGGUUUCCACGUACACCAAAGGUUUCACCAUCAUCAUAGAGCCCUUUGAUGACAAAACGCCAACAGUUUCCAAUCCCAUAAUGCACUUUAGCUGCUUGGAUUCCUCAAUUGCCAUGUCGCCAGUGUUUACGCGCUUCCAAACAGUGGUAAUCACUUCGGGAACGCUGUCGCCCAUGGACAUGUAUCCCAAGAUUCUCGACUUUGAUCCGGUUGUAAUGAGCAGCUUUACCAUGACGCUGGCGCGUCCAUGUUUGUUGCCAAUGAUUGUAUCGAAGGGCAACGAUCAGGUGUCCAUUUCAUCCAAAUUUGAGACGCGCGAGGACACCGCUGUCAUUCGUAACUAUGGCCAACUGUUAGUGGAGGUGGCCAAAACCGUACCCGAUGGCAUUGUGUGCUUCUUCACAUCCUACUUGUACUUGGAGUCGGUGGUGGCUUCGUGGUAUGAUCAAGGAAUUGUGGAUACACUGUUACGUUAUAAGCUGCUGUUCAUAGAAACGCAGGACAAUGCAGAGACAAGCUAUGCGCUGAUGAACUAUGUUAAGGCUUGUGAUUGCGGUCGCGGCGCCGUCUUGUUGGCUGUGGCGCGUGGCAAGGUCUCCGAAGGUGUGGAUUUCGAUCAUCAUUAUGGUCGCGCGGUGCUCAUGUUCGGCAUACCCUACGUUUACACGCAGUCGCGCAUUCUCAAGGCGCGUCUCGACUACCUGCGCGAUCAGUUUCAGAUACGCGAGAAUGACUUUUUGACCUUUGACGCCAUGCGGCAUGCUGCCCAAUGCGUGGGUCGUGCUCUGCGUGGCAAAACCGACUACGGCAUCAUGAUCUUUGCCGAUAAACGCUUCUCACGCCAGGACAAACGCUCCCGCCUUCCCAAAUGGAUUCAGGAGCAUCUGGUUGACAGCUUUUGCAAUCUAAGCACUGAGGAGGCGGUGCAAUUGGCACGUCGCUGGCUGCGACGCAUGGCACAACCGUUUUCACGUGAGGAUCAGCUGGGCAUAUCACUGUUGACGCUGGCGCAGCUGGAGAGCAUGGAGCAGGAGAAACUGGAACGGCAGGCGCAGGGUAAACAAGGUGUCGGAGGUGAGGUCCAGGAGUUGUAAACAGAUCGCAGAUCGGAGAUCGCGUGGUGCAGCAAAACCGGCUUCAAAAUCGAGACUGUCGCCGGCUUCCUUCCGCAAUGUUUAUGUUUUUUGGGAUUUUUUUCUUGAUUUUCGACAGCGUCUGUAUGAGAAUAAUUACAAUAAAAAGCGAUUUUGUUGCCAGCUAAUGGCAUUGAAUGCCAUUAAACGGAGCAGCAACAACAAAUUGAAAAG